UGUCUUGCUCUUUCAGAUUCCCGAACCUAUUGACCCGCCCGCACACGCGUGGCGCGUACCGUGACCUUUCCCCUUCGUUCAUUCCGACUGCGACCCGCCGCGAAUUGAGCACGAACAUUCCGACGUCAUUCCUCAACUGUUGUGCUGCUCGGUAGUUUUCCUUUGCAGCGUACUGCUGGAAUCCCCGUGCUUUGACGAAACUUCAAACCGGCAAUUAUUUGUCUCUGAUCAAGAAGCGCGAGAUAGUGGCCGGAGUAUCCGACUCCGCCGUUUCGCCACGCGCUCUUCAUCAGGAUGCCGCCAUACAACCGACCGCUCAGCUUCUCGGAGCGAAGGGGUGCCGUCUUCAACGAGGAGUUGUCCCUCAACACCCACAAUGUCAAACUGUCCCAGCAACGGCCUAGGGGGCCGCCGACGCCAAGCAUGAGCACACCUGCCGCCGAUUUUGAACAGGUGACUGGCUCCCCCCCGCCCCCGCCAACUCCUGCAGCAUCUCCUGGACCGUCACACUCGAAGUUGAACUGGAGUAAUGCCAAAGAGGACGAAGAGGCUUAUCUCUCGGGACUGCGGAAGUAUUUUAUGCAAUGCAAUAGUGGACAGAGGACUCGACUGCUCGCGGACCUUCUGAACCUCUGCACCAGUGCGCAGCUGAGCUUUGUGCAUCAAUUCGUUAGCCCCCUCCUCAAGAAGGACCCAUUUACGACGCUCCCAGAUGAGUUGUGCCUCCGAAUUCUUUCCUUCAUCGAUGACCCGAAAGUCUUAGCACGCGCGUCGCAAGUCUCAAGGAGAUGGCGGGACUUGCUCAGCGACGACAUGACCUGGAAGAACCUCUGCGUGAAGCACGACUAUCAGCGGAGGCUGUCCGAGGUUGACCGGCUGAAUCCUCCAACUUCCCCAGCGAGGACCGAGGCCUAUUCCUUUGGUCACCGAGAAGACGACUCGACGAGCCACGACUUCGCUGGUGCGCUUACCUCUACCUCGUUACCGGCCACCUUCGACGGGAAAUCAAAUUCGCGUCCCGUGCUGAGGUCGUACAAGUCGCACUUCAAACAAAGAUACCUUGUUGAUGCCGCUUGGCGGUCCGGCGGCCGUAACCUGACGCGCAACAUCACACAGGACGGCGGCGUCGUGACAAGUCUGCAUCUCACCUCCAAGUAUAUCAUCGUGGCUCUCGAUAAUGCCAAGAUUCAUGUGUUUGAUACUGAGGGGAAUGCGCUGCGCACACUUCAGGGCCACGUGAUGGGCGUCUGGGCCAUGGUUCCUUGGGAUGAUAUUCUGGUCAGCGGCGGCUGCGACCGCGAUGUCCGAGUCUGGGAUCUGUCUACUGGUGCCUGCAAGCAUACCCUGCGAGGCCACACCUCAACCGUUCGCUGCCUUAAGAUGUCGGACGCCAACACUGCGAUAUCGGGGUCCAGGGACACAACUCUCAGGAUAUGGGACAUUAGGACCGGGCUGUGCAAGAACGUACUCGUCGGCCACCAAGCGAGCGUUCGCUGCUUGGAGAUCAAGGGCGACAUUGUUGUGUCUGGGAGCUACGACGCAACGGCAAAGGUCUGGAGUAUUUCGGAGGGCAGGUGUCUCCACACCCUUACUGGCCACUAUAGCCACAUCUACGCCAUCGCCUUCGACGGUCAGAGGGUGGCAACCGGAAGCUUGGACACAAGCGUCCGGAUAUGGAACGUGCAAACUGGCGAGUGCCUGGCCAUUCUCCAGGGGCAUACAUCCCUUGUGGGGCAACUGCAGAUGCGUGGCGGCACGCUUGUCACCGGCGGUAGCGACGGGUCCGUUAGGGUGUGGUCGUUAGAACGGUUCUGCGCCAUCCAUCGCCUAGCAGCUCACGACAACAGCGUCACCAGUUUGCAGUUUGACGACACCCGAAUCGUCAGCGGCGGGAGUGAUGGGCGGGUUAAGGUCUGGGAUCUCAAGACAGGCAACCUUGUCCGCGAGUUGGUUACUCAGAGUGAUGCGGUCUGGCGUGUUGCUUUUGAGGACGAAAAGUGCGUAGCCAUGGCACUGAGAAACAGCCGGACCGUGAUGGAGGUAUGGUCUUUCUCUCCCCCAGAAGAGUUGCUCAACGAGCAAUCCAUGUUGCCUCCAAAACGGAGGCUCGACGCGCCGGUACCAGACCGGCCGCUGAGCGCAUUCUCGCUCGACUACCGUGGACCCAGGUCCACGGGUGGGGCACAAGACAUAGACAUGCCGGAUGCCGGACCUUCAACGGCGCCUCUUCAACAGAGUGGCCCGACAUUCUUCCAGGACGCGUAGCUGGCGUUAUUACCAGGACAUUGCGAGUAGCAGCGAGCACGUGGUUCAUCUUUUUCUCUUUUACACGCAGAUACCCUCCGAAGCGGCUCGCACACGCAGGUCAGCGUUUUCUAUUAUGGUUGCACUCUCCGGCGACAGAGGCAUACGGGACUACGAUACCAAAGUCAACGAUAAGAGACACAAGUGUGGGCAUUGCUAUGGCGUUUCAAGUUUCCAACAGUUCGCAUGGUU